AAACAGCUUGCUCGGUAUUACUCCGCCGUCCUCUGAAAACAAUAGUCCACCUAAAAAGAUGGAGAAAAAAAAUGCGACUUUCCUGAAAAACAUUAAUUAAAUAUUCCAUGCGCGUUACGCUCAAUUAUAUAAAGCCGCAUACAUCGGCAAAUACGCCUAAUGUGUUUUAAACGAUAAGCCGAUAAACAACAACAAUAAAGAAGAUCCGGUUGCACCGGCAGGAAGUGAGGAGACGCUCAUGGUGCCCGGCCAGAAAGAAGCGACUAUAAUCGGUUAGAAAUUUCUCUUCUGUUCCGGACACUUAAACGAACGGAUAGAGUUCUGUUCACGAACAUACGAUAUGGAUUCAGAGGAGAAUGAGGUUGAGAGCAGCAGUGAUGCAGGCCCAUCAGGAAUGGAGGAGCCAUCAGAAAGUGGCAUGUUUAUGGAGUCAUCAGAGGCCAUGUCUGCUGACAGCAGUGAUGCUGCAGCCUCACAUCCACUGGCCUCAGAGUCUGACUGCCAUGUGGGACAGAGUUCAGAGGGACUUGUGGUGUUCAUCCCCGAGACCAGCUCCAGUACAGACAUUAGAGUUUCCUCUGUUCUCCUCCCAGACUCCUCCUCAGUGGCCCAGUCCACAAGUGUGUCCAGUGUCUCAACGGUGACUCAGUCAGUUCUGGUGUCUGAGUCAGCUCAAGUGUUGGUCCACUCCAGUGCUGUGUCUGAAGGAGCCAUGAUGGUGUCUGACUCAACUGCUUCGACUUCAUCAGACUUGGGGUCGGCCAUUGACAAGAUCAUAGAGUCCACUAUUGGACCUGAUAUAAUGAAUGGCUGCAUAGCUGUGACCAGCGCAGAAGAUGGUGGUGCAGAAACAACCCAAUAUCUUACAUUACAUGGACCAGACUAUGGUGCACCAAUGGUCGCCCAGAUGUCCUCUUCAGCCCAGAUAUCUGAUCACGUUGCCAUAGAAGCACUCGGUGAAGGCCCCACAUCCACUUGUGUAGACCAGGGAGAUCUGCAUCGCAACCUUGAACCUGACCAACCUGAUGAUCACCCCGGACACUCAGGGUACCCAGAGGAGAGCAGCAGUCAACCUGACCAACCCCAGCAUUCGCAUCCUUCCCAAUACAUGGACUGCAAUGCUGAUGGUCCAGACCAGACAGGGGAGUCCUCAUCUUCCUAUGUGGAAUGUUCAAUAGAGGAGCCGGAUCAAACACGCUCCCAGUCAGGCUUUGCUGACUACGCUGGGGAUAAUAGUGACCGUGACCUUCCUGGGUAUGUGGAAUGUAGUGGGGCAGAUUCAAACCCUGCCAGUCAAGGUCACUAUGUGAUGGAGUGCAGUGGGUACGUGGAGUGUGCAGUGGAUGAUGGAGAGCAACAGCAUCGUUCACGUAGUUAUAUUGACAGUAGUGCUGACCACCGGACAUCUCAAACAUGUCGGCAGUAUGUGACUGAGUGUGUGGCAGCUGCAGACUCUGAGGAACCAGGUUGUUCUCAGUAUCAAAUUGGAGAUGAUGAUGAAGAUGAUGACCCAGACAAACCUCAGCACUCCCAACAGCACUCGUGUUACAUGGAGAGCAGCAAUGGACCUGAGGCAUCUCUGUAUGCUGAUGAAAGCUCUUCAUCAGACCACCCUGUUGCAGACACCGCAGGCUCAGGCGGGCUUCCGGAAGCGUUGGAGUGCGGCGAGAGCCAGCCUGGGCCUUUCAUCAGCAGCAGUGGGACAUACAUCAGCCAAGACGAGCCCCAGGGUUCUCAGGGGCCUCAAAAUGAUUCUGAGUUAGUCAGCCACAUGGCGACAUCAGGGGUGGCAGAAGGCCCCGGGAAUCGACCACCAAACUUGGCUGAGUUGGAGGAUCUAAUGGAAGUAGUGAUUGUACAACAGUUUAAGUGCAAAAUGUGUCCAUACAAGAGUACCUCCAAAGAAACGCUCAUUAACCACAUGAAAGACAAACACUUCAGACCUGCUGGCGAUAUGCCAAAGAAACGCAAACGUGGGCGGCCGCCUAAAAGUGAGACAAUUGCCCAAUGCCAAGUACAGCAAAAGGAAGCAGAAGAGAGAAAGUGUGUGAAAGUAAAGGCUGAAUCCCAACAAGAAGAAGAGGAGGAUGAUAUUGUGGAUGCUGGUGCUAUUGAUGAUUCUGAAGAGGAUAGUGAUUACAAUCCAAUGGAUGAGGAUUGCAAAGGAAGACCACCAGCCAUUCUGAAAAAGCCUUCUCCUCCCAUCUCCUCCUCUGCAGGGCGUCCUAGGCGGAAAGUUGGACGGCCUAGAAAAUACUGCAUUAUGGAGCCAGGUUACAACAACAAAGAAGCAGAGAGCAUUGCUGAGAAUCCAAGGGUUUGCCUGGACUCUAACGUAUCUGAGGUGGCAAGCUCUUCUGAAUUAGGUAGCGCUACUGCUAUGGUGGUUAAUGGAGACACAGCUGAGAUGUUAAUAAGCCAGUCAGACUCUGAAAACAAAGAUCCUUCCUCUAAUAGUCCUCCAGAGGAAGAGUCAUUCAUCAGGAAACGUGGGCGGCCAUCCAAGCGCUUCCUUCGCAAGAAAUAUAAGAAAUUUAUAAAUCGCAACCGGUAUUACAAAUCCCUCAAACCACUCCAGAGACCUCACAACUGCUUGAUCUGUGGCUCACGCUUCCUCACUGAAGAAGACCUGCAUUUCCAUGUGGAUUCCCAUGAAGGAAAUGACCCAGAGCGUUUCAAGUGCCUCCAGUGCAAUUAUCACUGCAAGCGCUGGUCCUCACUUAAGGAGCACAUGUUCAAUCAUGAGGGGACCAAACCAUUCAAAUGUGAGAUGUGUGACUACACAAGUGUCUACAGGAAAGAUGUGCUCCGGCACUCAGCAGUUCACAGUAAAGAGAAGAAAAGAAAGACAGAGUUGGUACCAAAGGCGUCAGAAUUUCCUUGCCCCAUCUGCCACAGAGUUUAUCCUAUGCUGAAGAGAUUGACCCAACACAUGAAGACCCACAGCACAGAGAAACCACACAUGUGUGACAAGUGUGGCAAAUCCUUCAAGAAGCGGUACACAUUCAAAAUGCACCUACUGACGCACAUCCAAAGUCUCGGAGACAGCAAGUUUAAGUGUGAGUUCUGUGAUUAUAUGUGUGACAACAAGAAGCUGCUGCUCAACCAUCAGCUGUCCCACACCAACGACAGGCCCUAUAAAUGUGAUUACUGCAAAUACUCCACAUCUAAAAAGGAGUUCCUGGUCUCCCAUCUGGCCAUCAAGCACACAGGAGAGAAGCCUUUCUCCUGUGAUAUGUGCCACUUCAUGACGAAACACAGAAAGAACCUCCGUCUACAUGUGCAGUGUCGUCACCCUGAGACGUUCGAAGAAUGGUGUGCGGCUCAUCCCGAGGAGCCUGUUAGGAGACGACGCAGGCCCUUCUUCACCCUGCAGCAGAUAGAGGAGCUCAAACAGCAACACGAGGACACGCAGGGAAUGCAGGGCAACAUCGUUACAGUAGAUCCUGCGACGAUACAAGCCAUGCAGGGCGUGGCUAAUGCUUCAGUUUCCCAGGAUGCAUUGGGAAACACCACUAUCAUCUAUCAACAUGCUGAUUCCAGUGACCUGUCAGCCCAGAAUGCUCUCGACCUUCUGCUGAAUAUGAGCAAUGCCCGGGAAUUAGUUGGAAAUGCCUUACAGAAUCAUGCAGACAUUAUGGGAAUCAGGGAAACACUGUGCAGAUACUAUCAGUGUUCUCCUCAGGUGACUGUGCUAAAAGCAGAAGACAAAGCUUUGGAAAAGGGCGCAUGGAGUGCAGUGACUUCAGUACCAGUCCAGUCCCAAAAGUUGGUGACCUUGCACGUGUCUGAGAAUGGUGAAACUGUGCUCCAAGAGGCCUAUCAGGCAGCCACAUGUGAAAAAGCAGAGCUCUCACAGAUUACAGUCCAGGCCUGCGAGGGCGGAGGAGACUUCCCUGUGGAGGAGCUGGCCACUGAAGAGAUCCACAGUGCUGGGUACAGUAACAGUGGGAGCAGUCCAUCACAAGCUGUUGAAGUGUCCAAGACAGAGAACCUAACGAGUGAUAAGUACUACCUUACUACAGGGCUGCCUGUUGGAGGUUUGCAGCAGGUGGAGCUGAGCAGUGAGGCUCCAGCCUCUCCGGCUGCAGUGAGCUCUCCUAGUGUCAACGCCAAAAGAUUUUCCUGCCGCAUCUGCAUGGAGUCAUUCCAGGGCCGCUCUGACAUGGAGAACCACAAGAGGGCGCACUUGGAUCCCAACACAUUCAAGUGUCCAGACUGUGACGUCUACACAUCAAACUCCUGGCCUGAUGUCAAAAACCACAUGGAGCUCCAUUCCUACCUACGUCCGCACAAAUGUCCCAACUGUAGCUUUGCAUCCAGAAACAAAAAGGAUCUGCGUCGACACAUGAUGACCCACACAAAUGAGAAACCAUUUUCUUGCAAAUACUGUGGGCAGCGUUUUAACCGUAACGGGCAUCUGAAGUUCCAUAUGGACCGACUCCAUAACCAAGAUCACCCCACUCGCAAAAACCCCACCGCUCCAUCCCAGCAGGCCAUCGUCGUCAACAGUGACGAGGAAGCCCUCGCCUCACUGCAGUCCCUACAGGAACACCAGGCAGUGAUCACUACAGAACACUUGCAGGCUGUCGGGCAGGAGCACAUCAUUGUAUCUGAAGAGCAGGCACUAUCAGACCACUAUCAGAUGGUUCAGCAACUGGUGACAGGGGACAACCAGGUGACUGAGGUUCAGUAUAUCAUCUCACAGGAUGGUGUACAGCACUUAAUCCCUCAGGAGUAUGUGGUUGUAGCUGAUAGUGAACCCAUACAGAUUCCAGAGGGACAGAUUAUUCAGUAUGAGCAUGAUGGGCACAUUUUGCAAGAGCAGCAGAUUGCUUUAAGCCACGAUGGUCGGAUCCAGUAUUUACCUGUCAGCUCAGAACAACAAAUCAUAAAUUCUGAAGAUCUGGAGGCUGCUGCUCACUCUGCUGUUACAGCAGUAGCAGAUGCAGCCAUGGCGCAGAUGCAGGCCGUCUACACUGAAGCUACGCCAGAGCAGCUAGAGCAACUACAGCAACAGGGCAUCCACUACGAUGUCAUUACCUUCGCCAAUAACUAGAUUGUGUGUUCAAAUGUAUCGGCUGGCACGAAGCUGUGCACAGUUGGACUGAUAUCAACCCCUAUGAGCUCAUAAGCGACCUCAACCUGUUUGUACCUUCACCUUGCUGUGACGCAACAGGGUCGUCACCUCCUCCAUGUCGUCUGUUUUGGGGCAUUCCACCAUUAAAGAAAGCAGCAGCUUUUUUUUUGUAAAUUGAGAUUAUUGCACUCAUUGCUUGUAACUGAAUCCUGGGGGCUGUGAGUUUAAGCGCUAAUUUAAAAUGUCAUGUUCUGUUCUGUUAUGUGCCUCUGCAUUGAUUUGCAAGACAAUGUUGUUAAAUAAAAUUAAAUAAGACACAUCAUGUUUUAUAAAAUAUACAAAUUUACAAAUGGAAAGAAAUGAAAAAGGGUCUUUUUUUAUUUGUAAGAAGAUUUUUAUUAUGAGAAAGCUGUAUCAUUGUGUUUGGUGAGUAUCUGAGUGUACAUAACGUUUGCUGUUGUUUUCUGUUCAGUGAAGGAGGAAAUGUUUGGUUUUGGAGUGCAUGUUGGAUUAAUAAGGAUAAAAGCUGCAACCAAAUAAAUAGCUGAUACUUUCUCUAUAUUCAC